AUGGCGGAUGCAAAGGCGGAUGCCAAGAGCGCCUGCAAGGACGUGUCGAAGGUGGCUGCAGCGCCGGCGAAGAAGCCCCGCCUGGACUGCAUCGACGGGUGCCGCUUCGCGCUGGUCUUCCCCAUCAUGGUGGCCCACUUUGCGCGCUUCGCCACCAGCAACCGGACGGCCCUGAAGCUUCUGACCCAGGAGAACGUGUUGGUGGGUGGCUUCUUCGUGAUCAGUGGAUAUGUGUCCGCCUACACCACCACCAAGCUCGGAGCCCUCGGUGUCGAGGAGGAGAAGGUGGCGAAUCCGGAGCUCUUCUUUUGGCAAAGGGUCAUGGCCUACUACCCCCUGCACUUUGUGUCCUCCGCCCUCUUUGCACCCAUGUUCAUCUGGGCGGAGAGGCAGUUCAAGGCGUCCUGGAACAUCAUUGCCUUCCGCGCCUUCCUGAACUUCAGCAUGCUGCAGGCGUGGUUCCCCAAGGAGGCCGAGAUCUGGAACCAGCCCACCUGGUUCCUCUCCGCCCUGACCUUCUCCAACCUCACCAUGCCCACUUUGGUGCUGCCCAACGUGGCGAACCUCACCAAGAACGGCUUGCAGAAGCUCCUGGGGGCGCUGUGGGGCCUCUCCCUGCUGCAGAAGGUCUCCUACUCGGAGACGGCCCGUUUCCACAGCCACUUUGAGCACCCGGUGGACGGCAAGGUGCUGAUGCCCUUGAUCUGGAAUCUCACGCGCUUCCAUCCCAUCUGGGCACUGUUCGAGAUGACCACCGGCAUCAUCGCGGUGCGCCAGGUGAUGCUGGACACCCCCGAGGAGAAGAAGGCGAAGCCUGUGAACCCCAUCUGGUUCUUCCUGGCCGCCUACUCCUCGCUGCUCUUGCGGCUUACCAGGUUCGACUUCAACGACGCCAUCAUCCGCGGGGUGCUCUUCGUGCCGCUCUUCACGGAGUUCUUGACGGCCAUGCACCGGGACGCCCUGUCCCCCAGCCCAUCAGCCAUCACCAAGUUCUUCGGGUGCAAGGUGAUGGCCACCCUCGGAUCCAUCGCCUUCCCCAUGUUCAUUGUGCAUGGGCCCAUCGGGCAGAUCUUCUACAAGAAGGUCAUCGCCAGGAAGCUGUGGGGCAAGCCCAUGCCCCACACCUUCUUCCCCUUCUACCUGGCCAUCUGCGUGAGCAUCAGCUACCUCACCAACGAGUACUUCGUGAAGAGCAAGAAGGUGGGCGCAGUGGCCGGCAAGGUGGCGCAGGUGCUGGCGGGAUGGACCCAGGGCAUGCUGCGGGAUGGCUUCCUGGCGGCCUGCUGCAUGGGCCUCGUGGCCAUGCUGGCGGGGCGGUGCCUCAAAGGUGCCACGGUGCUUCAGUCUGCUCCCGAGGAGGUGGUGCUGUCACUGCCGCUUGGCAUUCUGUCAAGGGCCCGUGAUGAAGCUGCCGGCGCCGCAUCCGAUCGCAGGAGACGCAGCCGCCGGCGGGCCCACGAGCGCUUCUGGAAGAGGUAUAUACAGCUUGCAGACAAGGCCAUGUUCCCAACAGAGAUCGACAUCCUGAACGAGGAUGAUGCGAUUUAUUAUGGUGUGAUCGGCUUGGGCCGACCAGCCCAGCAGUUCCGGGUGGUCUUCGAUACAGGCUCGGCGAAUUUGUGGGUGCCCUCGGAGGAGUGCGCGAACUGCGAUGCCCUGAAGAUCCACAACAAGUUCGACGGCCCCAGCUCCUCCAGCUAUGAGCACUCCAGGUACCCCGUGCAGAUCGCAUACGCCUCAGGCCAGUGCAAGGGCUUCCUGGCGCGGGACCGCCUGGCCUUGGGGAACCUGACGCUGGAGAAGGUGCCCUUUGUGGAGGUCUUCCAAGUCUCGGCGCCGUUUCCCAACUCGGACUUCGACGGCAUCUUCGGCCUGGCCUUCAACGGCCUGGCGGCGCCCACAGGAGACUGCAGACCCCGCUGGACUUGCUGCAGAAGGCGUAUGGUGGCAAGAUGCGCGACCAGGUCUUCUCCUUCCGCAUGUCCGACGCCGCGGCGCCCGGGGAGCUGCGGUUGGGCGCCGUGGCUGUGGAGAGCUACCCCCAGGGCAUCAGGUGGGUGGACGUGCUGCAGGACGUGGACAACGCAGGCAAAGUCAGCUACGGCUUUUGGGCAGUGUCCAUGGACAGCGUGUCGUUUGCGGGCACGACACUGUCUGGCCGGGUAG